UUGAUAAAGAAGGUUAUCAUAUAAUGUAUUCACGUCUUAGAACGAGUUACUGGACCGGUUUCGAGUUUCUUCUACAUAACAAUAAUUCGUAUCUACACCAUACAAUAGCCUAUAUUCUUUCCUGUAUCAAUUGUGUGUUGACCGUGAUCAGAUUUGCACUUGAGCUUCUCUCUACAGAUAUGACACCUCUGAACUUGUGUUUUGUUUUCCUAGUAGUCUCAUUGUUUUCAACUUCAGUGUCAGCUGGACCUAAUCGAGGAAAGUAUUUGCCCAGAUACCCAGUAGGCGAAGAAACAGAAAAAAAGUGUGAAGAGUAUUCUAAAUUUGGGAAGAAUGAUAAGGAUGAGUGCCAUAACAGCUUUUUCAAAUCAUUGCAUCGCGAUGAACAAGGAGAAUACACGGCUACGCAUCGCCAAUUCCCUCAUUUGGUAACGGUUGGCAAUAAUGGAUUCAAGUUCACUUGCCGUGGGGCUUUAUUAAGUGAGACUUUUGUUCUCUCUGUUGCGCACUGUACGAAACGUCUCUUGGCGACUACCGUUGGUGCUGAAGUUACUAAGAUGUGGGCUGUAGUUGGAGAUAACGACAUCAAAUCCGUAACAAAUACUUCUGGAACAAAAGCAUAUUUAGUCGAGAAAAUCUACAUUCAUCCCAAUUACACCUCGAAUCCUGUAGCAAAUGAUAUAAGUCUAGUUGAACUGGAAGAUGAAAUUGAAUUCGAUGAACGAAUUAGACCUGCCUGCGUUAGUACAAAGAAAGAAGUUAAUGGGUCGAGCAUUUCUGGAUGGGGUAUCAAUGUCAAUACUGGUGAAGGAAUGUCGAUGAGCAAACUGAGCUUGAAAACAUUGAUGAACAUCUUCCUAGAGGGAAAAACUAUUUCGAAACAACUGAGUGGCGAUGGAUCAAUGGGUGUGGCAGCACGAAAUCCUCGCAGACUUCUUACUUGGCGGGGAACAAAUGAUUCUUGUCAGGCCGAAUCUGGGAUACCCAUUGUUACUCCUAUGGAGUCGAAUUGUACGUAUAAAGUUGUUGGACUGAUGACGCAUGGCGAAGUAUGCAGCCAGGACGUUACAAUGUACACUGACGUAUCCAACUUUGUAGAAUGGAUUGAGAACAUAGUCUGGCCGUGGUUUGACGAUAGAUUCUCUAUUGAAUGAAAUUUCAUCAUUAUGCAUUUGUGCCUGACCUUUCUAAAGAUAAUAAAAAAGAUAAUUUGGAAUAAAAUUUAGAAUUCGGAAAUAGGCCGACACAUCUAGAAAAUAUAGCCUACUUCAAUUUAUACUUAAUCCAUGCAGGUGAACGGGCUAGAGUCAAGAAAACUUCAAUUAAUCUUGCCAUGCCUGAUUUAAUAGGUUUAUACUAUAAACUAACACUACACUUUGAAAUCUUUGAAAAAUACAAACAACUACAAUAAACAUUGGCAACGAAAAUCAUACAAAGGAAACAACAGCAAUUUCAUGUUACUUUGUUGACAUUCUUCAUCUGAUUUGGGGGCGCAUUACUAUCCCUCGUUCAGAUAGCAAUACGUCACAAAACCAAACAAUAUCAGUCAUAAAAUAACAAAUCAAUUUCAACAUGAAAUUACUCAAGAAAUAAAAGCCUGUUGAACCCAAAUUUCGUCGAUAAUAACCCAUAUAACCCAUUUCAUGAAUUAAUCCCCACUUUUGAUUGACAUUCUUGAAUGAACCUUUGUUUCACUACACUGUACUUUCGUUGGUCUGUACGUUGCUUUAUCGUCGAGGUUACAGUACGUCGAGGUCACCGUUUUUGGCGGUGAACUUUUACCGGUUGAAUUUGGCUUGACGGCGACGUCAUCUUACGUCCCUACACCUGUCAUCUGAACGGGUGUCUUGAAGCGGUGUUACAUAAAGUUGCGGAACCAAAGGGGUGGUACAUGAAGUUAGUUUGGGGUCACACAUGAACCGCUGUGAAUAAAUGUAUUACAGCAUUAAUUUCUAACUCUUCCUACAAGUCAUUCAAAGCUAAAACAGGAGUUAUCUAUUGAUUACAAAUUAUUUAAAUCCUCUCAUUCUAUUUAAAUCCUCAUUUUAUAUAGAUUUUUAUCUUUAAACUACUGAUUCUUUGUAUCAGAAUUAAUGGAUCUCCCUUCACAGAUUAUUCAAAAGUUCUGGUAUAAUUUAAUAAUUUAGCGUCCAGUUAAAAGCCUUAACGACAUGAGAAAACACAGUCAGAAAAAUAUAAAACUCUAGCAAGUCUUAAACUCAACAUAAUAUUCAAAAAUACAUUCCUAUUAAAAGACUAUCUUCCUGACUUUCAGCAAUUCUCUACAAUAAUAUAUCUACAGAAACAAUAACUCAAAUGUAACAUAACUGAAAACUUUCUUCUCUACUUUCUGUACUUCUUUAGAGAAAAUUAUAAUUAUCUUCCAUCACUAAUAUGAAAUCAAAAGUACUAUUCUCAAUCAAUAUUAUUAACUUGAACAAUAACAGGCUUUGUUGAUACAAUACUCUGAUGGAAGUUUCAAUUAAUUAAGUUUCCUAAAUUAUAUUUUAACCUUAUUUUACAUACCUUAGCGGUUAUUUGAAGAAACAAUCAUUCCUACAUGAUGAAGAAACACAAUCAAACUUUUCAGGACAGGGCACUACUAGAAAAUUUAAACUUUAAUAAAAAUAAAACCAACUCCUACAUUAACUAUUAAUAUAAACUUGUAAACUUGCCCAAAAAGGGCAAAACAUAAUGACCACAUCUUUACUCUAGUAGUGCUCCUAGCAAAGUGUCCUCCGAAACGUAAUCUGGUCUCUCGGCUGGGGAAUCGCCCCACUACUGUAUUUAGAAACAGGUCUCCUAUUGGGCGAGGGAAUCAAUUUGACCAAUCGUCGCGUGGCUUCUAGAGCCUUAGGACCAAAUAGGAACUGCAAAAUCGGUAGUUUGUUAUAAUAAUUGUAAUCCCUGCUUUUUUCCAACUUAUCGCCCUCUAUGUUGCGACAGGAAGGCUAAGUUUUAGAUAUGAUUCCAUAUAAUCUACAUUCCUCGAUGACUCGGAGCCACAAUUUCUAAAUAUCUAUCUUGGGAAACUCGAAGUCAUGGCCGUUCAUAAUAGAGAGAGAAAAUAAUUUAUUUCGCUAACUCAAUUACAAUAAUAGCUCUAGUCUAUUGCGUAUUAAAUUUACUAUUAUAACUUGGGAAAAGGCCUGAAUUAAAAAUAGUUCUUGGCACACAUUCAAUGAAUCCUAUAACAAAGAUUUAUUAAAGUGGACUCCACGAGUGACGAUGAUUACAUUUUUAAAGUUUAAGAUAAAUUGUCUAGACUAUUAUUUUUGAUAAUGAAUUGUUUAAGAUUCCAUGUAAUUAGUAAAUAAUGUAUAUUGACUACAAUGUAUAAUAUUUCAGAAUGUUUAGGAUGUAUAGAAUGUGUGAAAUUAAAAAAGUUUAUUAUUUGUUGAGAAUUACUUAACUUAUGUAAAGAUUUUUCUAUUCUAUUCUUAACAUCUCAGAAAAUAAAAAUUGUAUGGAUGGAAUAAUGAGACUCACUUUCCAUAUAAUCAAGACUGGUAAUUUUGAAAAAAUCAAGAGAUAUCAACUUGAAGUUAAGAAUAAUUUCACUCUUCACAUCCAACUUAUCUGUAAUGUAGCCUAAUUGAAUAUUUAUUGACUGUCUUAAUAUGUUAUGUAUUCAAUACUGUAUAAUAAAAAUUAUUAUCAAUUA